CUAUGCUGUGCCAUCUCUUUUACCUGAAUUAAGACAAGAGAAAAGGAGCAGUGUUUGAGAUGGGACACACUGAGAUGGGCAGCAUUGUGGCAAGAUCCCUCCAUCUGUCUCAGAGCCUGAAGGACCCUUAGAAGGGCUUCACAGCCUCCAGCCACCAUUCACUCCAGCUGAGCUGAACUUCACAAUUUGACCUUGGUCAGAAAGUCUUCGAGAUGCCAAACUGGGGUGGAGGAGCAAAAUGUGGAGCCUGCGAAAAGACGGUGUACCAUGCGGAAGAAAUUCAGUGCAAUGGAAGGAGUUUCCAUAAAACCUGUUUCCACUGCAUGGCCUGCAGGAAGGCUCUGGACAGCACCACGGUGGCUGCCCAUGAGUCAGAGAUCUACUGUAAGGUCUGCUACGGGCGCAGGUAUGGCCCCAAAGGCAUUGGGUUUGGACAGGGAGCUGGCUGCCUCAGCACGGACACGGGCGAGCACCUGGGCCUCCAGUUCCAACAGUCUCCAAAGGCAGCACGCUCAGCCACAAGCAGCAACCCUUCCAAGUUCACUGCCAAGUUUGGAGAAUCAGAGAAGUGCCCUCGGUGUGGGAAGUCGGUCUAUGCUGCUGAGAAGGUGAUGGGAGGUGGUAAGCCUUGGCAUAAGACCUGUUUCCGCUGUGCCAUCUGUGGAAAGAGUCUAGAGUCUACAAACGUCACUGACAAAGAUGGGGAACUUUACUGCAAAGUCUGCUAUGCCAAAAAUUUUGGCCCUACAGGGAUUGGGUUUGGAGGUCUUACACAACAAAUAGAGAAGAAAGAGUGAAAAUCACACCUCAGCUCUUUCAGCAGCCGAAGGCAUUUGCUGAGUGAUCCUGCUGCAAGGGAAACCUCUCCCCAAACACCAUCACCUCAUUUGUGUAGACAGUGUUUCUCUUCAGAAGUGAUUGCUGGCUUUGCCCACUGUGACAAGAGAACUUUGCAAGAAAAUUAUUAAGUCUAAUCUGUAACAAAUGCUGUACUGCUCACACACCUUGGGGUAGGAGUGGCAAUAAAUACUUUGGCGUUA